AUGGAAAACGAAACAAACAAGUCCGCUGUAAAAGGGAAAGAGAAAGCUAUACGUAGGCGAUCGAGCAUCUUUUCCCUCCUCAAGCGUCAGAAGAAGUUGACCCGUCAGUAUUCGGAGCCAGGUGAAGAAAUAUACGCUAGAAAGUAUUCAAUUGACUCGGCAAUCUUGUCGGAUUAUGGAAAAUUGCAGAACGGCGACGUAGCCGUCGUCGAGAAGAGUUUAGAAGUUUUUACACGAUGCAAUGGAGAGUUAGCGGGUGCCGGGUCGGAUACGGACAGCGAGGGAUCACGAGGUGGGAUGGCGGAUGCACAGUCCCAGGAUGACCCAACAACGACGAAGCAGGCAAUUCUAGCGAGAAUACAGAACUUAUACGUCGAAGACCCGGAUAGGGAGAUUGGUGUGGCAGGUGAAUUAGUUGAAGAGGUGGCCGAGGAGAACAAGUCGCUCCUCUGGUUCCUGUUGAAGCAGGUCCGACCUGGUAUGGACCUCAGUAAAGUGGUGCUGCCCACUUUCAUCCUUGAGCCGAGGUCCUUCCUGGAUAAGUUGUCGGACAAUUACUACCACGCGGAUAUUUUGGCUGAGGCCCAAACCUUGGAGGAUCCUUACCAAAGGUUCAAGUGCGUGCUGCGCUGGUACCUGUCCGGUCUGUACAGAAAGCCCAAGGGUCUCAAGAAGCCCUACAACCCUGUUCUAGGUGAGGUCUUCCGCUGCUGCUGGAAGGAUCGACAAGGCGACACCUACACUUACUACAUAGCUGAGCAAGUAUCUCAUCACCCACCAAUUUCGGCCUUCUACGUCUCAAAUAGAAAGGAUGGCUUUGUUAUAGAAGGGAGUUUGCUAGCGCGCUCUAAAUUUUACGGUAACUCGACGUCUGCUAUUUUAGAGGGAUGCGCUCGAAUCCACCUCCUAAACUGGGGCGAAACGUACGUCACCACCGCCCCGUAUGCACAUUGCAAGGGCAUCGUCAUCGGCACGCUUAGUAUGGAACUGGGAGGAAAGGUUCACAUAAUCUGUCAGAACACGGGCUAUCAAGCUGACGUCGAGUUUAAGUUACGUUCUUUCCUAGGUGGCGCUGAUCAGACAAACGCGAUCUCCGGCAGGAUCAAGAAAGGAAAGGAUACGAUUGCCACUGUUGAAGGUUAUUGGGACGGCAGAAUUGAUAUCAAAGACAAGAGGACUGGGGAAGAGUCGAACCUUCUAGACGUAGGAAUUCUCAAGGAACAGCGGAUGACGAGAUACUUAAUGAAGCUGGAACACCAACAGGAGCACGAGUCGCAGAGACUCUGGAUGCAUGUUUCCGAGGCGAUAUUAAAUGAUGACCAGGUGGCAGCGACGGAACAGAAGACAAUAAUCGAGGAGGCGCAGAGGGCUCACGCUAAAGGUUUACUGUCGCCGUGGACGCCGCGUUUGUUCCGUAAAGAUGUCCGCGCUGUUCCAGAAGGAAUCGUCGAUCAGGGGUGGAGAUAUCAGCACGUCAAUACGAGCCCAUGGCAGCCGGACGAGAUAGUGGAAUACGAGGAGGAGUUCGUGAUCUCGUCGUGUGUCCGUCGCGCUGAGAGACUUCGGGAGCCACCUCCUCCUUCGGACUCCGAUUCAAGGGAUGAUCUCGCCCGACGGACCAAGACUUCUACACGCACCCUCAAGCAAACUCUGAUGGCGAUCGACUCAACACUCCGAGAGCAAACUCUAGCGAUAGAGAGGCUCUCGAAAACCGUCAACAUUAUAAGUGAGAACCAACGUUCGCUGGAAAUGAGGUCACACGCGCUGGCAAGAGCCCCAACAACGUCCCACACGUGGGACUUAUUCAGCGGUUUCGUCCUCGCAAUGGUGUUGCAAGCCGUACUCAACUGGUUAUUCUAUAGCAAAGACUGA